AUGGCUGACAGUGGGGUAGUGGUGUACACAGUACUGGAACUUGUGAUAGCUGUAGCAUGUUGCCUUGGAAACAUGUCGGUGAUCUGGGCAGUGUGGAAAAGUGGAGCCCUGAAGCAGCCCACCUUCUGCUUCGUCGUGUCCCUGGCAGUGGCUGAUUUCCUGGUUGGAGCUGUAGCUGUGCCCCUUGCCGUCCUGGUGGAUGGACGGGUGAGGAUGUCAUUCCAUGGCUGCCUGUUCAUCAGCUGUACGGUCAUUGUGAUGACCCAAGCAUCUGUUCACUCCCUGAUGGCCAUUGCCAUUGACCGUUAUUUGCGAGUGCUUUUUCCACUUAGAUACAAGCGGAUAGUGAAGAAGAGGUAUUCCUGGGCUGUAGUGACAGGGUGUUGGAUCACCGCCGCUGCGUUAGGUUUCAUCCCACUGUUUGGAUGGUACAACCGUAAAAAUUACACACAAUACAAAAACUCAACCAGUGCUUUUGAAAACUUCACCUGUCAGUUCCUGUCAGUCAUACCCAUGUCAUUCAUGGUCAAUUUUAACUUUUUUGUCUGUGUACUCCCUCCCUCACUCAUUAUGGCUGCCCUGUACUGCUAUAUCUUCCUCACUAUCCAAAAACAACUACAGAAAAGAGUAGGCAAAUCUCGUGAGUCAUAUUCAUAUUAUCGUAAGGAACGUAAACUGGCUCGUUCCUUAGCCUUGAUCAUGAUCCUUUUUGCAAUGUGUUGGUUUCCGCUUCACAUAAUGAAUGCUGUACAUUUUUACAACAAAGCUCUUGUAGUUCCUCAUUCAGCUUUUUACGUAGGUAUCCUGCUGUCUCACGCCAAUUCAGCCAUUAAUCCAAUAGUAUAUGGCUUCAAGAUCCCCAAGAUUAAAUCGGCGUAUAGAGAUUUAUGGGGGAGAGUCUUCCAGUGUGCUGAAGAAAAGCAAAGAGAACAGGGCAGCCAAUCAGCAGACAAUAACCUCAGCACUAACACAUACAGCACAGACAAACUUGACAGUUCAAGGAUUACGCCACAGCCACUUCAAAAGCCUAGCCCUAGUGUUAAGCCACAAAGGUAA